UCCUCUUUUUGCAAACAAUAUUUUCUUUAGCCAGCUUCUGGCGAUUCCCUAUUUACAAUUGAUCUCUCAAUUUCACUUUCAGUUUUCUUCUCAAAUUUACAGCAAAAUUAGCUCAAAAUUCUCUUCAAUUUCUUCAUCGAAUGACCAUAAUGACUCCUGCUCCUACCGAUCAGGAAGAGGAGGAGAUGCUUGUUCCGCGUUCAGAUUUGGUAUUUGAAGGACCUCAGCCUAUGGAAGCACAAGCAGAAACCGGCAAUGAUGUGGAAAAGCAGCCACCAGAGGAUCCUCAAACUUCAAGGUUUACUUGGAAGAUAGAUAACUUCUCUAGGUUGAAUGUAAAGAAACUAUACUCUGACCCUUUUGUUGUCGGUGGCUAUAAAUGGCGGAUUUUAAUUUUUCCCAAGGGGAACAAUGUUGAUUACCUAUCCAUGUAUCUGGAUGUUGCUGAUUCAGCUAAUUUACCUUACGGGUGGAGUAGAUAUGCCCAGUUCAACUUGUCAAUUGUUAACCAAAUUCAUAACAAGUACUCCAUCAGAAAAGAGACACAACACCAAUUCAAUGCCAGAGAAAGUGAUUGGGGUUUCACAUCCUUUAUGCCACUUGGUGAACUAUAUGAUCCAAACAAAGGUUAUCUUGUUGAUGAUACAUGUGUUGUUGAUGCUGAGGUAGCUGUGCGAAAAAUUGUUGACUAUUGGUCGUAUGACUCAAAAAUGGAAACUGGCUUUGUUGGACUGAAGAACCAAGGAGCUACCUGUUAUAUGAACUCACUUCUUCAAACUCUCUACCAUAUUCCUUACUUCAGGAAGGCUGUAUACCACAUGCCUACAACUGAAAAUGAUAUGCCCUCUGCUAGUAUCCCUCUAGCGUUGCAAAGCUUAUUCUAUAAGCUCCAGUACAGUGACAACAGUGUAGCAACAAAGGAGUUGACAAAAUCAUUCGGAUGGGACACAUAUGAUUCUUUCUUGCAGCAUGAUGUGCAAGAACUCAAUCGUGUUCUCUGUGAAAAGCUUGAAGAAAAAAUGAAGGGUACUGUUGUGGAAGGCACUAUACAGCAGUUAUUCGAAGGGCACCAUAUGAACUAUAUUGAGUGCAUCAAUGUGGACUACAAAUCUACGAGAAAGGAGUCAUUUUAUGAUCUUCAGCUUGAUGUCAAAGGGUGUGCUGAUGUUUAUGCUUCGUUUGAUAAAUAUGUUGAAGUUGAACGUCUUGAGGGCGAUAACAAGUACCAUGCCGAACAAUAUGGUUUGCAGGAUGCUAAGAAGGGUGUCUUAUUCAUGGAUUUCCCCCCUGUCCUGCAGCUUCAGUUAAAGCGCUUUGAAUAUGAUUUUUCACGGGACACUAUGGUAAAGAUAAAUGACAGGUAUGAGUUCCCUCUGCAACUCGAUCUAGAUAGAGAGAAUGGUAAAUACUUGUCGCCUGAGGCAGAUGGAAGUGUCAGAAACCUUUACACACUUCACAGUGUAUUAGUCCACAGUGGUGGUGUGCAUGGUGGGCACUAUUAUGCUUUCAUAAGGCCAACUCUUUCAGAUCAAUGGUAUAAAUUUGAUGAUGAACGUGUGACUAAAGAAGAUGUGAAAAGAGCUCUAGAAGAGCAGUAUGGAGGAGAAGAAGAGCAGUUGCCACAAACAAAUCCUGGAUUUAAUAAUACUCCCUUCAAAUUUACUAAGUACUCAAAUGCUUACAUGCUGGUCUAUAUUCGGGAAUGUGACAAAGAGAAAAUAAUGUGUAAUGUUGACGAGAAGGACAUUGCUGAGCACCUUAGGGCAAGGUUAAAGAGAGAACAAGAAGAGAAAGAGCAGAAGAAGAAGGAGAAAGCAGAGGCACACCUUUACACAAUUAUAAAGGUUUCUCGUGAUGAAGACCUCAGACAGCAGAUUGGGAAGGACAUACAUUUUGAUUUAGUGGAUUAUGACAAAGUUAGGAGUUUUCGCAUUCAGAAGCAGACACUUUUUAGCAUUUUUAAGGAGGAAGUUGCCAAAGAAUUUGGUGUACCAGUGCAAUCUCAACGUUUUUGGUUAUGGGCAAAGCGCCAGAAUCAUACAUAUCGUCCAAAUCGGCCAUUAACACAUCUCGAAGAAGCUCAAACUGUUGGACAGUUGAGGGAAGCGUCAAGUAAGGUUCAGAAUGCAGAGCUAAAAUUGUUCUUGGAAGUGGAGCUUGGACUGCAUGUGCAUAAUUACAAGGACUUGAGACACAUCCCUCCACCUGACAAGACUAAAGAUGAUAUUAUGCUAUUCUUCAAGAUUUAUGAUCCUGAGAAAGAAGAGCUGAGGUAUGCUGGAAGACUCUUUGUAAAGGGAACGAGUAAUCCAACUGAAAUCUUGAACAAACUAAAUGAAAUGGCUGGCUAUGCCCCUGAUCAAGAGAUUGAACUAUAUGAGGAAAUAAAAUUUGAACCGAUUGUCUUGUGUGAACCCAUUAACAAGAAAUUUGCUUUCCGAACGAACCAGCUUGAGGAUGGUGAUAUAGUAUGCUAUCAGAAAUCCCUUUCUCCUGAAAGUCGCCAGAAGUUACGGUAUCCAGAUGUUCCUUCUUUCCUGGAGUAUGUUCAAAAUCGCCAGGUGGUUCACUUCCGAUACUUAGAAAAGUUGAAGGAGGAUGAUUUCUGUUUAGAGCUGUCAAAGAUUAAUACAUAUGAUGAAGUUGUGGAAAGAGUAGCUCAGCGACUUGGCUUGGAUGAUCCAUCCAAAAUAAGGCUCACACCCCAUAAUUGUUACUCUCAGCAACCUAAACCCCAGCCGAUCAAGUACAGAGGUGUUGACACCCUUGGAGAUAUGCUGGUCCACUACAAUCAGACAUCUGAUAUUUUGUACUAUGAAGUACUGGACAUUCCUUUGCCAGAAUUGCAAGGUUUAAAAACCUUAAAAGUAGCUUUUCAUCAUGCUACCAAAGAUGAAGUGGUCACUUACACUAUCAGACUACCAAAACAAUCUACUGUUGGUGAUGUAAUUAAUGAUUUAAAGACGAAGGUAGAGUUGUCAAAUCCAGAUGCAGAAUUAAGAUUGCUAGAGGUCUUCUACCACAAAAUUUAUAAGAUAUUUCCAACAAGUGAGAAGAUAGAGAACAUAAAUGACCAGUACUGGACAUUGAGGGCCGAAGAGAUUCCUGAAGAAGAGAAGAAUCUAGGCCCGAAUGCUCGUUUGAUUCAUGUGUAUCACUUCAGUAAAGAAACUGCACAAAACCAAAUGCAAAUUCAGAAUUUUGGGGAACCUUUCCUCUUGGUUAUCCAUGAGGGUGAGACUUUAGUUCAAGUGAAGGUGCGAAUACAGAAGAAAUUGCAGGUCCCAGAUGAAGAGUUUGCUAAGUGGAAAUUUGCAUUCCUCUCACUUGGUCGUCCUGAGUACCUUGAGGACUCGGAUAUAUUGUUCAACCGUUUCCAGCGAAAGGAUGUUUAUGGUGCUUGGGAGCAGUAUCUUGGCUUGGAACAUUCUGACAAUGCCCCUAAAAGGAUUAAUGCAGCAUAUCAGAAUCGCCCGACGUACGAGAAGCCUGUUAAAAUUUACAACUAGUAACGCCGCUGAAAAUGAAGAUUGUGAGAUGGUUCAAAUCUAUGAUUGACCAUUGCAUUUGUCCCUGAAGUUAAGAAGCCAGUUCGAGUCUGUACAGGGUUUUAUGAUUUUUGUUACUGAAGCAUCUUGUAUUCUGAUAUGGAUGUGAAGUUUGAUCCUAAUGCAGCAUCCAUAUCUCAGUACUUGAACUCAAGUGAUGCGUAAAUGGCCCAUCGAUAACUCUCUCUCUGUUCUAGUGUAAGUUAAGCGAGCCAUACAUUGGCAAAGAAUUUUGAACAAAUGAAUGAAUACAUAAUAUAUUGUGCUUGAUUCAGUUCUGACUUUUAUCUGAGGAGAAGAGUACUACUCAGUUUUCUGCCAUUUUUUGGGCUCUAUAGAUGUGAUUAUUUCUGGUAGAGAUUUUGAGGUUUUUCCCUCUGAAAUUGUGUAACCUUAAGUUUGGUAAUUUCUUGCUAUUGUAAUUAACCAGUAAUUAAGAAUGACAAAUUGUUUGUCACAAGUA